CAAUCCGAAAGGAUGGCGCUGAAGCUAACCCUCAUUUUCCUUAAAAAAAAAAAAAAAAACAGUUCAUGCACGCUGGUUUUUAACGAUGAAUAGAUGAACGAGUUUCUCCACGAAUACCAGAUGGAAAAAUGAAUUUUCCGCAAAAGACGAGAGAGGAGAUCAAAGCGGAGCGCGAAGCAAAGAAAGCUGCCAAGGCCGCUGCUAAAACGGCGAAAGGGAAAAAUGUAAGCAAAGUAGCAGGAGCAAACAAUGUCAAGAAUGUAUCUCCAGUAACUAAUUGCAAAAUUCCGCAGAAGAAUGUAGAAAGAGACGAAGUAGCGAAACAAAACGAUAACAAAAUAGUAGAAACAGAUGUUAAAAAUAAACCUAUUGCAGCUAAUUGUGACAGCUCAGAAAAAAGUACAAAAACAGCAGCGACGAUUGUAAGAGAUUUGCAAUCUACGAGAGAAGUAUCUAAGGAAAACACAAUUCAGUCUUCAAAUAUUGUUACGCAAGACUGCGCGUCUGAGGACAAAAGCAAAGAAAGUAUCGGAGGGAAAAGCAAGGCCGAAUUACGGGCGGAACGAAGAGCCAAGCAGGAAGCGCAGAGAGCUGCAAAACAGCAACAAUUAUUAGCAAAGGAUAACAGUAAAACUAAAGAACCUAUUAAACCAUGCAUAGAGACUAAAUCCGAGUGUGCAGUAAAGAAAGAAGUUACAAAGAAUGCAGUAAAGGAGGACCCGCACCAACUUAGUUUAUUUAAACAUUUGUAUCAUGAAAGAGAGGUCUCGCGGAUUGACGUAGCUCCUGUCAACUCGAAUAUACAUCCGGCAAUAGUUAGACUAGGUGUUCAAUAUGCAAAUAAAGUUAUCGUCGGUAGUAACGCGAGAUGUGUCGCGCUUCUGGCUGCUAUCAAACAAAUGGUCCAGGACUUCGAGAAGCCGGCGCAGGCCGACUUCAUCCGCGGCCUCGAGACGAGUUUGCAACAAUCUCUAGCAUAUUUACAUCAUUGUAGACCGUUUGCCGUCUCGCAACACAAUGCCAUGCGUCAUCUUAAAUGGCAAAUGGCACGAUUCUCAUCAUUGUCUGAUGAAAAAGCAAAAAAUACAUUACAGGCUAUAAUAGAUGCCUAUAUUUCGGAGCAAAUUGAACUGGCUGACCAGGCAAUAUCUAUAACGAUACGAGAGAAAAUCUCAAACGGAAAUGUUAUUUUAACAUACGGCUAUUCAUCCUUGAUCUACAAAAUAUUAGUAGAAGCAUAUGAUGCUGGUAAACAGUUUCGGGUGAUUGUGGUUGAUGGUAGGCCAUGGUUAGAAGGAAAGGAACAGCUAAGGCGUUUAGCGAGACAUGGAAUUGAGUGCUCAUAUAUAUUGAUCAAUGCUCUCAGCUUUAUUAUGCCAGAAGUUAGUAAAGUCUUUCUUGGUGCCCAUGCGAUAUUAGCCAACGGAGCGGUAAUGUCGAGAGCAGGAACUGCGCAAGUCGCUCUGAUAGCAAAGGCCUUUAAUGUACCUGUUUUAGUGGCUUGCGAGACGCAUAAAUCAAGUGAACGAGUGCAAACCGAUUCUAUUGUUUAUAAUGAAUUAGGUAACGCGGACGAGCUCGUGAACCAUCAAUCGAACGACGAAACGAAAAAGUCUUUACUUUCGAAUUGGCGAACGAAGAAGUCGUUAAAUCUCUUAAACAUUACGUAUGACGUGACACCGGCCGAUCUUGUGACGGCGGUUGUCACGGAAUUGGCAAUUUUGCCAUGCACUAGUGUCCCUGUGAUUUUACGAAUUAAACCUUCCGAGAUUUAAAUACAUACGUUCCCGCUAAAAAAAUAAAUUUUAAUGAUUUUUGCAUAACAUCUGAAAAAAUAUAGCUAUUGGAAUUGCUUGAAAGUACAACAUAUGCGAGAUUGACGUAUUUAAUGUAAUAAAAUAAUUGCUCGAUAAUAGUAAAAUAUAAGACAGAUUAAUAUUGAUUAAUAUAUGCAUUACUACAUAUUGCAUUGUGCAUACAGUUUUUAUGUGUAUUUAUGAAUAAACUUUUUAAAUUGAACUGUG